AUGCCCACAACUGUGCUGAGGGCCCCAUGUACAAAGAUACAGGCUGUGCUCCCAAGGGUACCAGUCGUACAGUCCAAGGCCCUGAUCCUGCAGGUUCCUAGGCCAGCUAAGGAGCUUACGGAGGGAGGGCAGCGCGCUGGAGAAGUCAGUGACCUUGCCCAACAAGAGACAGCCCUGGCAGCGUGCACCGAGCUCUAUAGUAACCAGCCCAGGGACAGUCACCAACAAGCCAGCAAGCCUCUGAGCAACCAAACCGGAUCAGAGCGAUCGCUGCAGGAGGACUUCACACACACCACUCACACAAGGAGGAAAUUCGGGUUCAUCAGAGCGGUGCCCGGUGCAAACACAACACACAAAAGAAGCCCCCAGGCUACUGCCUCAAUCGCCCUUGCGUUCACUCCAAGGAUUUUACCCAAGGUGCGGUGCGGCUGUGAUUGUGCAGAUUCCAGUCACACAGACCGCGGGGACAGGAGCCCCUUGGUCGGCCAGUCCCCGGACAGAGACGGCUCCCAGACUCACUCACACACCACAGGGAAGAUGGAUGGACACAGAGACAAGACAGUCCUCAGUCCGGACCAAAUACCAGAGGGGACAGCACGGCUGGCAGAGGGGGGAGCUGAGCUCUGUUACUCCUCGGGCAGUGUUGGCGCAGCUGUUUGCUAA